GUGACGUACACAUUCGAGGUGGUGGACGACCCGGAGCAGGCGGACGGCGCCUCAGCCGGCUCCGACCUGCUGGCCAAGUCCCGGCAGAUCAUGGUGCCCCAGGUGCGGCCGGGCGGCACGGCGGCGCCCUCCAAAUCGGCCGCCACCGCCGCCUCGACUGUCACCGCCGCCCGACUCACCGUCGGAAAGGCGGCGUCUGGGUCUGGAACCGCCACGGCCUCCGCCGGCGGUGCCAAGUCGGCGGCUGCGGACGGUGCCAACAAUGACUCGAACGGCGCAGGCGCCACAGCUGAGGAUCCGUCGGAGGACGACCCCGAUGUGCCCGUCAUCCUGACGCCCAUGAACGGCCAGAACCUGCCGGACUUCAUCGAGCCGCGGCCCGGUCUCAAGAUCCUGGUGCGGCCUCUGCGCGAGACGCCUGGCGCGCCGCCGCCGCCCGCGCGGCCGCUCGGCUCUUCAGACAACCCGAUCCAGCUGGUCCAGCAGGGCAACACGUUCAAGUCGCUGCAGCCGCUGAGCGCCGAGCAGCUCAAACAGAUCGCCACAGUGCUCCAGCAGAGCAGGCUCAAUGUGCCCGGAAACGCCAAGAACACCAUCUACGACGCAAAUACAAAUACGCGCAUCGUGUACCGGGUGGUGUACCCGGAGGACCAGCGGCCGGCCGGCCGGGGCCGCUCCUCGUCCUACUACACUCCGCGCGGCCGGGGUCGGGGUCGACCUCGCGGCCGGGGCCGGGGCCGCGGCAGGGCGCGGGGCCGGCCGCGCAAGGAGGACUACGACCAGGACUGGCACCCCGGCAUGGACACGGAGAUGGAGCCGGUGGAUCCCGCCGAAAAGAAGAAAAUCACGACUAAAACUCGAACGGGGCGCGUCUCCAAACCUCCCAAACACAUGGUCAAGGACUACAAGCAUAUUCACAGGCUGGACCUGAACCAGCCGGACCUGGACGAUUCGGACGGCGGAUACUCGGACUACGGAGACCUGGAGACGGGUGGCGACGGGGAGCAGGAGGGCGGCGUGAAGACGGAGCCGGGCGAGGACGGGGAGGCAGGGACAUCCUCCAAGUCUGGCCAGCGACUGACUGCCGCCGGGACGCCGCGGGUCAAACGCGAGGUGCCGCAGGCGGUCCGUGAUCGGUUCACCUGCCGGACCUGUGGCACGCUGUGUAUUGGCUACGCCCGGCUCGAGGGCCACUACCGGAAAAAUCCCACACACAGGAGACACUCCAUGGACUUCCCGUCUCCGGUCAAGCCGAGGCCCGCUGUGGUGUACACAGGUAGGAGAGGUCGGCCACCCCGCCAGCCUGCGUUCGAGAGCCGUCUGCCUGCCAAACGACCCCGGUUGGAGGAACCAAAGGAGCCGGAGGAGGAGCCGCUGUCGCCGGAGCAGCUGGUGACCACUCUGCUGGACCAGUCGGGAGGCAGCAUCAACCGGCUCUGUGACGCCAUGGCCGAGUGUGUCAAACAGUUUCGGGAGCGGGUACGCGGCGCGCUGCGCUCCCCCGCCGAGGAUGAGGAGGUGGAUGAGAGUGCCGCAUUUACGAUCGACGCCGAGCGGUCGGCGCUGACCGGCCUGCCGGAGGGCGUCUACUUGCCCACCGAGCGGCCCGCGUCGGCGGCAGCCUCGGCCGUCUCGUCGCCGGCGCCGUCGGCCGCCGAGCAGCCCCAGUCUCCGCGGCCGCCGGCCGCCGCGCCUGCGACACUCACACUAGAGGAGGCUCUGGCCGCGCAGAUGGAGGAGCCGCCCGAGCAGCUGAUGGAGACGGAGCCGGAGCCGGAGCCAGCGGACAAGGAGGAAGCCGGCACACAGGAGCCCAUGGAGCAGGACGCUGGGGCCGCUCCCGCGCCGGCGGAGGCCGAGGGUGACACGAAGCCGGCCGGCUCUCCGGAGAAGUCUGACCCCGCCGGUACGGCCGCGGAGGGCGAGCGGCCGCCGGAGGGCCGGAAGGAGCCCGCGGAGCCCGUGGGGGACGUGUUGGACGAGUUCGUCGGCGGUCUGGUGGACACGGCCGACUACGCGCCGCUGCCGCCCGGCGGCGAGACGGCGCCGGCGGCGGCGGCGGCGGCCGAGUUUGACGCCGGUCAGAUCCAGAUCCGGCUGCCCGACGGCCGGGACCUGACGGCAGCCGCCGCCGCGCCGGAGACCGCUACUGAGGCCGGGACCGAGGGAGAGGCGGAGACGGAGACGGAGGCGGAGGCGGGCGCCAGCAUGCCGCUGCUGGCCGAUCAGCGGUGAGCGGCCGGCCGCCAGCGAGGGACCCGAGAACGUACAAACCGCGGCUCCCACCGAGCCGCUGUGAAGAGCAGCCGCUUUUGGCUGCAGUGACGCCAUUUACUGUGGGUGCUGCGCCGCACGCUUCCACAUUCACACAUUACAUUGUACAUUCUCAUCCCGGAUAAAUAGCAUCUACCCAUCGUCACGAUUUGGUUGGUUUUGCGAAGCUUAUUUGCAACCAGAAUUAUUAUGAACUUCUGGUGUGUGUUGCGCCAGUUUCUAAUAAACUGUCAAUAUGUA